UCGACUGCGCGCCGCGCGCCCGCAGUUGAACCGCGCUACUGAGCGAGUCGCACGCUCCUGUUAUGCUAAAGUGGUAAUCCCACGCGCUACAAACAUGGAGGGGACCCCUCCCAGCCAGGUCAUGCCCGAGCCCGAUGAGGGUAUCGCUACCGACCGACGCCCGUCCACCGACGAUCAUGCUGACCUAUCUGACACGGCCUCCGAAACCGGGUCCGGUGGAGGAAAAGAUUCUGGCUGCGAAGUUGCUCCCGAUACUCAAGAGCCCCCAUACGCUCCACCAGAUGAGGAAUUAUCGAACCGUAUUGUAUCUCAAGUGGAAUUCUAUUUCUCGGACGCCAACAUCACUAAGGAUGCCUUCCUUCUUAAACAUGUACGUCGCAACAAGGAAGGGUACGUCUCUCUCAAGCUCAUCUCUAGCUUCAAACGCGUCAAGCAUCUGACGAAGGAUUGGCGAGUGGUAGCUGAGGCAUUAAAAAGAUCGACUAAGUUGGAGAUUAAUGAACCUGGAACGAAACUUCGCCGGAUCGAACCACUCCCGGCUUACGAUGAAACUACGCCUUCCAGGACUGUCGUGGCAGUUAGAAUGCCGAUUGAUCGACCAUCAGUCGAAAAUGUAUCAAGGUUAUUUGCAAGUUGUGGUGAAAUUGCACUAGUUAGGGUGCUUAGGCCUGGUAAUCCAGUACCAGCUGAUGUCCGUCAAUUUUUGAAUAAAAAUCCUAGUUUGGUGAACUGUGUGUGUGCUUUGGUAGAAUUUACUGAGUCGGAAGCUGCAAGAAGUGCCCUACGUCUUCAAAGUUCUGAUGAAGAGGGAAUGCGAGUGUACGAAUUAAACGGCGUCCCUAGAGAACCGAAAAGGAAAACGCCUGUUCGUCGCCCAACACCCCGUCGUCACGAAUGCGAAUACUCAUCGUGUUGUAGUGGUUCGGAAGCUGAGUACGAUUACAGAUACACUGCACCAUUUUACAGAAGAAACUCGAGUGGAUUCUUUGCACCACGCUCGCCUGAAAUUCAAACAUGGGUACCGCGUAGACCCUCAACAUGCAGUCACAGUUCCGAUUCCGGAGUUUCCUUCUUCUGUGGGUCGAGACGAGCAUCUCAAGCGAGUACAGGAAGUGCUAGUAGCGCUGAAGGCUGGUUGGCGCGGCGGCUGUCUGGCUGCUCGCUGACUGGGACAGAAUGUGGUGGAAGGAGGCUGUCCUGUACCCCGCGAUUCGAGCCCCGCACACCUGUCGUUCCGGACGGCACACGAGGCUUCCAUGCUGCCGCUCGCCAACGCAGAAUCUCGGACCUCGCGUUGUAUUCUCGCUAGAAAGCGCCCGCCAACCGUGACACCUUUCUAAUCACGUUGGGUAACCACCUUUCACGUUCUGGCCACUUGGUUUUUAAUCUACGAGGAAGCGUUUCGUGUUCGCGUGUUAGAUUCUAAGUUUAUUAUAAAAGAAUGCUUGUAGAGAGUUGGUAUGAUGGAAUGCAUAACUGGUAAUAAAGUUACCUAGUUUUAAAGUCGACUAUCGACUAGUCGACGAUUGUGAUCGAAGCUCAUUUAGAUAGGUUAGUUGUUAAUUUGUAAAAGUUUUUAUUCGUAAUUUAUUAGUAUUUAGUAAUUAUUUAUUGUACCGCGUAUUUAUUGCGGGUAGGGCGCGCGCUGUGGGCGAGUUUUCAUCCGAGUAUGUCAGAGUUGUGAGCACAAAACUCAAUAAACAAAAUCGACAUCGUAACGAAUGUAGACUCGACAUCUGGAAUGUAAAGAUGGAGGUGAUCGGAGACGACAGAGCGUGGAGCAAGUUGCGUAAAUGGAUUGCGAAUUAUAUAGAUGCCCAUUCCAUAUUUACAUAACAUCUGAGAUAAACAGUUAUCUAUGCAAUUUGCUCGCACUCGACCGUUGGAUUCGUGCAAAUGGAAUGCCACAAUGCGCGACGGAACCAACCGUCCUUUUAAACUUUUAUUAGUAUAAACUAAUUAGUAAGAUAACUUAAGUCAGUCGCGCCAUGUCAUGAUAUGUUUUAUUUAAGAUUUUUUAAUAUUAGAUUGUAAGUUGUUGUGAUUUUUAUUGUAUAAUUGCGUAAAAGUGAGAGGUAUGUCGUCUAUUUAGAGCGAAGAUUUGUUUAGUGGCAAAUAUUCAAAUCUCGUUCGAAUUUAGUGAUACAAAUAAAAUUAAUUACUUCUGGCUUAUUUCUUACUUGGAUAUAGUAAGCUAUAUAUCUCACAGCGACUUGUUACUGAGCUUGUGUUACUAUUAUAUUUAUUUCAUUUAUUUAAGAGGAGAUUCGUUUUUUAAUAACAGCACAAUAAUGUUUCCAGGUGUGUAACUCGUUUGCGAUCAUCUUCGCCUUGUAACAUUAAUGUUUU